CUUGCGUGGCUCGUGAGUGUGUACGAACAAUGAAGCGGGUCUCAUCCGUGUGGAAAUAAGACAAGUUUCUGAGCGGGGGGGCUUCCUCUGGUUUUUGGAAGCGGGGUCAUGUCUCAACUCAACCGGGACGGAAAACGGCGCAUGUGUUAUUAGCCGGCUACCGCGGCAAGGAACCCGGCGUGCCAUGAAAACGAAGCCCCGCUGAAUUUCUGUGUGAAAACAAAAACAAAUGCCGGCGGUGCACGCCUCUCAGUCUGCGGGGGGCCGAAUAAUAGCUCCUGCCACCCCCGCACAUCUCCCUCUCCUCCCGAUGUCAAACCAUUUUGCAUGCUGACUUCCGCCCCGCUCGGCUCCCUCCUCUCCUCUCCUCACCCUCACUCCCUCCCUCCGCAUCAGCCGGCGAGCAGCUAAUAUGACAGGAGGAUACAGUAUCGCGGCGAGCCCACGGAGAAGCUGACUUAAAAACUUCAUUUGGGAAGUAGGCGGAUGUCGUGUGCGUGUCGAUAUAGGUCGGAGAAGGAUUAGGGGGUUGACGGAGGAAGACGCCGCCGUGUUUUUUUGUUUUCUUUUUUUGACGCGAUGGGAUUUGCUACUUUGGCGUGAAGAAGGCGGACCCACGAGACGCUGCGAGUUCAAUAUGCUGAAGCCGUCCCCGGUGUUUGUAUACUGUACGUGGAAGUACACAGACUGUUUUCUUCCAACUCACAGGCCUGCGUGAGUUCGUUCUUUUUAUUUUUUUAACACGGCACCUUGAUAUUACUUACAGCUCACGGAUACCUACAGCAGAGCAGCUAUAGUGUCCCUCUGUGUUUUGUUUUUGGAGAGGGAAUUCCUUCAUACAGGCUCGCGUGUGCGUUGCUCUCCUACUAGCUUGCUUCGUUUUCUCGUAUUAGCUCUAUUUUUUUGUUAAAUUGGUAAAAUUCGAUAUGGGGGUUUGGCGUGAGGCGCGCAGCGGUCACCCCUCUGGAGCAGCCAGUAAAGCCAUUAGAGGCUAUUAGAGUUUUUUUUUAAAUUGUGUUUGAACGGGGGUCUUCUUUCAGAAGUAGUUUCGGCUCCGUCGUUGACCCACCAUGAACUAUUAUUUCGUGGGUUGUUUUCACGCUCCCGUGAGGUUUUGUGACAGCAAUGACUGCUCGUGUUUUAGCCGUUAGCCGGUAGGUUUGCAAAAACUGAGUCGACUGCGGGAUUUUAUUGUAUAUAUAUAUAUAUAUUUAAUUUAAAGUUGGUGCAUUUUUACAGGUGACACCACACGUUUCUUACUCCGGCUUAAAAAAAAAAAGACUUGAUUUAUUAAUUUAUUUUUUGACUGUAUCAUUAUUUUCUGUCGGGAUCCCCCCUCCUCCUCCCUCUCUCCUCCUCCUCAUCCCACGGAUACCACAGACUAGAUUUUUUUUUUCACCUCAUUUUACCACCAUGAGUAACAUCCACAAGGUGUUGAAUGUAUUGCUACGUGGACUCGUCAUCUAUGCGGUACUGGGCUUGGAGUGCACUUACUCGGAUGAUCUACCCAGCCAGCCAUCUGAUGCUGCAAACGUAGCCACCACAGACCCCUGUCUUAUCGUGAUGCCACCAUGCAUAGGUGAGGCCGACCGCUUCAGUCUGGAGGCGCUGCGGCACAUCCACAAACAACUGGACGACGACAAUGACGGGGGAAUAGAGGUCAACGAAAGUGUGGAGUUCAUAAUAGAAGACAUGAAGCAGCAGCAAACCAACAAACACAGCAACCUGCACCGCGAGGACCAGCACAUCACAGUGGAGGAGCUGUGGAAGGGCUGGAAGACCUCUGAAGUCCACAACUGGACCACGGCGGACACAGUUCAGUGGCUGAAGGAGUCAGUGGAGCUGCCGCAGUACGAGAAGAACUUCCGGGACUUCCGGGUCACAGGGAACACCUUACCUCGAAUAGCUGCCAAUGAACCGUCGUUUAUGUCGAUGCAGCUAAAGAUAUUAGACCAGCGGCAUAAACAAAAACUAAACCUAAAGGCGCUAGAUGCAGUGCUGUUUGGGCCUCCUCUCCGUCCACAACAUAACUGGAUGAAAGACUUCAUCCUGAUGAUCUCCAUAGUGAUUGGUGUUGGGGGCUGCUGGUUUGCCUAUGUACAGAACAAGUCCAGCAAGGUGCACAUCUCUCAGAUGAUGAAGGAUCUGGAGAGCCUGCAGCACGCUGAGCAAAGCCUGUUAGACCUGCAGAGCCGGCUGGAAAAGGCUCAGGAGGAGAACCGGACGGUGGCUGUGGAGAAGCAGAACCUGGAGCAGAAGAUGAGGGGUGAGAUCACCGGGGCCAAAACAGAGGCUCAAAGGCUCAGAGAACUGCGAGAGGGCGCCGAGUGUGAACUUAGUCGACUCAAAUACGCCGAGGAGGAGCUUGUACAGGUGCGGAAGGCUCUGAAGCGAGCGGAGAAGGAGAUGCAGUCGGAGCGGUCGGUGCCCGAAGCUCUUCAGAAGUGGCUCCAGCUCACACACGAGGUGGAAGUUCAGUACUACAACAUCAAGAAGCAGAGCGCCGAGUUUCAGCUGUGUGUCGCCAAAGAAGAGGCAGAGAAAAUAAAAAAGAAAAGAAGUUCUGUGUUUGGAACUCUUCACGUUGCCCACAGCUCAUCACUGGAUGAGGUGGAUCACAAGAUACUAGAAGCAAAGAAGGCCCUGUCAGAGGUAACAGCUUGCCUGAGGGAGCGUCUGCACCGCUGGCAGCAGAUCGAGAAGCUUUGCAACUUCCCUGUGGUCAACAAUUCGGGGUUGCCGAGCCUGACAGCCAGCCUCUACUCAGACCACAGCUGGGUGGUGAUGCCUCGAGUCUCGGUGCCUCCCUACCCCAUCGCGGGAGGAGUAGAUGACCUGGACGAGGACACGCCUCCCAUCAUUCCACAGUUCACAACGGCAACGCUGAUGCGCCCCCCGCUGACUCGCAGCAGCAGCCUGUGUCGUUCCCGCCGGAGUCUGAUGAGUUCCCCACAGUCCUCGCUGAUGUCCCCGGACCCUGACCUGCUGUCCAUGGCUAGCUCUUCCCUCUCCUAUCGCCCCGAGGCAGACGACGAACAUAUCAUGUUCAGCUCGGAUAGGAGGGGGUAUGUAGCGGUGGCCGGAACGCCGCGGAAUGGUUUUACAGUUUGGACUCACAGGGAUCCGGUUCAGGAGUGCGGCUCUGACACAGACUCUCUGAACUCCUCCAUGGGCCGCAAGUCACUGCACAACCCCUGCACGCCAGGUUCAGACACCCCAUACCGCAAGAUAUCCCGAGAGGAGCUGCUGCUGUUCAGCCAGAGCCCGGACCUUCAGGCCUCCACCCCUGCCACCUCAACGACCCACACCAGCAGCAGUAGCAGCAGCAGUCUCAGGGACUCCACACCUCCCCCCAUGCCUCCCACUCCAGCCACCACUCCCUCUGGUCCACCCUCCACCUCACCCUCCCCCGCCUUGGAGCACCACUCGUUUGCACACAGAGGCUCGCCCGACCUCACCCGCAUCAUACCAGAGUCCCAAAGCAUGACCUUCUCACAGGGGAGCGUCACCACCCAGACGGGCAAGGGCAUGUACAACGGCAUCCUGGAGAAGUCCUACAGCUUCGGCCAGCUGCCCGCCAGCAUGCUGCCCAACGUGGGUCGCAACCCGUCUCUUACCUCCCUGGACUCGGAGGGCCGGAGCGUGGGAAGGGAAUACAAGCUCCAGAGCACCUCCUCCCAGGACUCCAGCGACAAUGGAGAGAAAAUCAAGCGCUCCUCGUCUAAAAUCAAAAGCUUAUUUAAGAAGAAAAAAUAAAACUCACAGAAUGAGAAAUCUAAUCUAAAGUUUUAGCUGUAAUACUAAAAAGAUGGACAUCACUUUAAGCUAAAACAUUUCAUUUUCUCUCGUGUUCUUCUUUUUGUCAUUGAAGAUGGAAUGUAGCUCAGCCUGGGUGCUUUUAAACACCUCAGAGUGGUAGCCUUAUUUUUCAAUAAUGCCUUUUUAUUUAGGUCACUCAUAGCCUCACAGGGGGGGGGGGGGGCUGCCAAGGAAAAGUCAAAGAAAGGUCAAAGGUCAUGAGGGUUGUCAUCAAGACAGCCUGAGCUCAUGCCUUCCUCACUGUCUAUUUGUUUUGGUUUUAACCAAAAAGCCACUAUGUGUAAAUGUCUAAAAGUGCAGUCACUGAAAAUAUUUUAAAAAGGGGCAAUUCACCAUAAAACAUUCUGUAGUGAUAUAUAAUCAUCUAGAUUUUUUUGGUGUGUUUUGGAGAUAUAAUGGAACAGGAUGGCACUCUGCUUGUGUUGCUCAAGCUGCCAAAAAAUAUACAUUCGAAAAACUUUCUUCUUGGAUUCGCCUGUGGUAGGUAAAACAUGAUAAAAUGGCCACUCUUCCCUGUAAAUAUAUCCUGACUCUCUGUGCACUAAUCAAGAGUCAAUUGACACACGCUUCUUUUUUGCUGCUGCGUGGAGGGAUGAGAGAUGGUGGUGUGUAAAUAGGGAUACAGUAGUAAAAUGAACAAACUGGUGAUUGUUAAUCAUCACUGGCUUCCAUACUGCCCACUGCUUGCUUGUGUUUAGUUCAACUGCUGUUUCAGGCAACCUGUGUAGACCUGCUUAUUUUGGUGGAAAAGCGGCACUAGUAUCUGCCUUAGAUGAGCUGUAACGUUAGCAAGCCUCUUCUCUCUGAGUAGAUGCAAACUUCCUCCUGCAUGGUGAUAGAGAAAGAAAAUGGUUUCUACAUGAAACUGCUCACAACAAGGUCUGUGGAUUAAAUAACCAGGUCAUCAUUUGUAGGAAGAAAUGUUGCCAUAGAGUUUUUGAAUGUAUUUUUCAGGUUACAUCAGGCACAAGCGGAGCAUUCUACAGCUGAUAUCUUCAAAACUCACACCAAAACAGUCUUUAUGAAAAAAAAGGCACUUCAGAGGAAAAAUGUGUUUCUGAUUUGGGGGUUAACUGUCUCUUUAAACAUCAUUUUGACAAAUCCUCCUUUAAGUUUCUGAACUACUUCUCCUUGUUCAAAUUAUGGAUUGCAUCUUGUCUUUGAGUCCUAAACUCAUGUAUUUGAUUGACUUCCUUUUGGAAAAAAAAAACAAAAAAAACACAACAACAAAAAAAUAAACCUGCUAAAAGUUAGUUGCACUACUGUUUCCUGGUAUUUUGGGAAAGAGCCGCUGCUUGCGGAGUACAUACUGAAUAAAGUUAUAGAGAUGAGAGCGAUGCAUGGGCGGCGGCAGAGGAGAUGCAGCACAUAAUGCCAGAGCCAAAAUUAUAUGAUGCAUCUUCAAUGCUGCUACUUAUGGAUGUCUCAAUAUAUAUAAAUGAAUAAAAAUAUAUAUAUAUACUUUGUUUUCACAUUAUUAUGUUCUUAAAGACGUUUUUAAAUAGAUUUAUAUUGGUGGGGGUUCCUAUGAACUGAUCUUUACUGAAGAAAGUUUAUUGAAUAUGCACAUUUACCCUGCACCAGUCAUUUCCCCUGUUUACUUGAUGUCUUGUAGCCAUGCCAACAUACCAUUUACAUUUUUGUCUUAAAUACCCUCUCAACCCUGUAAAAUUUGGGGCCCAAUUUUGGUCAGAUUGUCUGUACAAAUAAUUCUUGUUGUGGUUAGCGCACCAGGAAGUGACAGUGCGUUUCCAGGCUUUUUAAAAGACAAACACUAAGGAUUAUCUGUCCAAUAAAAUAGGAACUAUUUGAUCCAGAUCUGCCCCUCCACCCAUCAACCCCACCCACACUAAAGCUCGAAGCCGACCCAUGCAAUACGGUCCUGUUCCUCACCUCUGGGCCUGCACCGAGCGCACUGAUGUCAAGAGCUCCUGCUUCACACUGUGAUUUUUUUGCCUUCCUCCCUUCAUCCUGGACCUGGCUGUCACUGCUGCAAUUUAAACCUGAUGGGUCAUGUGACGACCGUGACAAGGGCAAAGCGAUGAAAAUGUCAGGAGGGGACUCAAUGCCGUGAACAAGAUGGCGCGGAUGACGUGAGGAUCCAGUGGCCUCUGUUUUUACAGGAUAUAUCUAUAUAUUUGGGAGGUUGCGGCAAUACAGCACACAAUGAAGGAAAUAGACAGAACUGAAAGACAAGUAGAAAAAUGAAUGUUUACGAGACAUUAGGGGGUUUUUUUGAGAACAUUUUGUGUGUGAAUAUUUGUAUACUGUAGAAGAAUUAAUAAAAAAAAAUGGAGGCCUCA